CGGUGCAUUCUGGUCCAUUAGUGUCUUGCUUGUAGAAAGCUGUAUGCACCGGAAUCUGAAGAAUUCGAGGCGUCCGCCAAGCCAAACUCUUCUUCCCUACCUCCGGUCUUUACUCCUCUUUGUCCUCUCCACACUCCAUUUUCCAGCGGACUCUUAAGGUGCAGUGAGGAGUAAUCAUGUCUCAAGGUGACAGAAUGAAGCAGGGCCAGUUCACUAACCCGGAGACCCCAGGCUAUGUUGGUUUCGCCAACCUGCCCAAUCAGGUCCAUCGCAAGUCCGUUAAAAAGGGCUUUGAGUUCACCCUUAUGGUUGUCGGUGAAUCCGGGCUUGGAAAAUCCACCCUGAUCAAUAGCCUGUUCCUGACUGACCUCUACCCUGAGAGAAUCAUCCCAGGAGCAGCAGGUAGAACACCAGCACAAACACGCACAGGCCUCCAGGCCGUGGCGUUUGUCAUGUUGCUGAGCUUCAUGCAUUCACGUUCCUUUCAUUCCCAAACAGAGAAAAUCGAGAGGACAGUUCAGAUCGAGGCAUCCACUGUGGAAAUCGAGGAACGGGGCGUCAAGUUGCGUCUCACUGUGGUCGACACCCCGGGCUAUGGAGACGCCAUCAACAGCCAGGACUGUUUCAGCACCAUUAUCAGCUACAUAGACGACCAGUUUGAGCGUUACCUCCACGACGAGAGCGGCCUAAAUCGCCGCCACAUUGUCGACAACAGAGUUCACUGCUGCUUCUAUUUCAUCUCUCCGCUUGGCCACGGCUUGAAACCCCUGGAUGUUCAGUUCAUGAAGGCCAUCCACAAUAAAGUCAAUGUGGUUCCUGUCAUCGCCAAGGCAGACACGCUCACCCUCAGAGAGCGAGAAAGGCUUAAGCGCAGGAUUCUUGAUGAAAUUGAUGAACAUGGUAUCAAGAUUUACCACCUCCCUGACGCUGAGUCAGAUGAGGAUGAAGACUUUAAAGAGCAGACUAGGAUCCUCAAGGCUAGCAUCCCUUUCGCGGUGGUAGGCUCCAACCAGCAGAUCGAGGCCAAGGGGAAGAAGGUGCGGGGCCGCCUGUAUCCCUGGGGAGUGGUGGAGGUGGAGAACCCCGAGCACAAUGACUUCCUCAAGCUGCGCACCAUGCUGAUAACCCACAUGCAGGAUCUGCAGGAGGUGACCCAGGACCUGCACUAUGAGAACUUCCGCUCGGAUCGCCUGAAGCGCAGCGGCAGGUUGUCCUCCCAUGGUUACGUUCUGCCUCUGUCCCCUGCAAAUGGUCCGGAACCGGAGGAAAUGGACAAGGAUAUGAUUCUGCAGGAGAAGGAGGCUGAGCUGAGACGAAUGCAGGAAAUGAUCGCCAAGAUGCAGGCCCAGAUGCAGAAGCAGGGGGAUGGAGAGGGUGACGUUUGAAAAGAUGGACUACUACAAUGAAGUGACCCAUGGAUUCAAAGUGGCAUAUAAAGUUUAUUUUUUAAUACAAAAUCAUCUGUUACCUUUUCAUUUUUUUACAUUGACAAAUUUGACACUAAAGCUGACUCAGUUCUUCUGUUAUAUUUGGACCUAAGCAAUGUUUUAAAGCACAUGCUAUUGCUAAUAUUUUCCUUUUGAAAGCGCCUCACUGAGAGUCAGAAACAACUAGUCAUAGUCUGAAUACUUUUUAUGGGAGGGUGAAAAAUACCCACCCCGCCCAAGUAAAGAAAGUGUGCCAUGAACUGUUGUUAUGAACAUUAUAUAUGUUAUUACCCUCAUGCAUGCUAUAAAACAUGCAUCUGAAAUUGUUUCAAAUGAAAUGUUUUCCGGUUGUCAAGUCAGCAUGAAAGAGUGGCUGUCAUAAUUUUGAGUUAGACAAACUGUUACCUGUAAUACUGUUGGCUUUACAAAUGAAGGAUAUUAUUCAUUACACUUCUUUGACAAGUGAAGGCUUCUUCAUUUUCUAAUGUACUGUUAGGUGACGUCAUGCCGCAGUGAGAGCCAAAUGUUUUCUUGUCUAAUUCAAGACAAGAACAUUUGAAACAAAUUUUACUUGUCAAAGGUGGCCCGUUAAGGUCCAUCCAUGCCAAUUAUUCCCUCACCAGAUAAACUGUGAGCUCCUGACAUUCCUCUUUGAGCUGUUUUUAUCCCGAUAUUAAAGCAUCAAAUAUUAUUCUUAUUGUAUAAUGUUGUAAUAAAAGUUUUAUUCUACAA